AUGGUGUUGAAUCAUCGUCUAGCACGAGAACAGCCCACUUCACUCAAAGGUUGUAAAAUCGUUAUCCAAGAUCUCAGAGCAGAAAUUGCCAAAACCGAGACCUUCACCCACAUUAAAAUCAGAAGCUUGAUGUUGAAUCCACAGGCAGCCGUUGCAUUCGACGGCACAGCUAUGAAAUAUACAGUGAUUUCGGACAAGAAGUUGCUAGAAGGAGCAGGCGAAGGCACAACACUCGAUCACAACGGGAGCGAUCUAACCGUUUUACAAUUUUGUUCCACACUCGAGGAGGCGAAAGCGGCAUGUGAGCAAAGAAUGGCACAGCAGAAUGAUACAAAGGCUCAUGCUGAUUGCGGUUUGGCAAGGAUAGUGUUCGAUGCCAAAGGUGAUGCCAUGUCAGAGUACUCCGUUGAGCAUUCGGACACUUCAUCACCCACUGAACCAGCAGUUGAUGAAUGCAAAGAAAAUGGCGAUGCACCUGAUGAAGUGAAUAUGGAGUCGUUUCGUGAAGUGCUCAUGAACAUCAUACGUGAGACCGAUUUGGAUAUCACUCGCCUUAAAAACAGAAAGGAUAUGUUCCAACAGCUGUAUGUGCAGUAUUUCGGUACCGGGCCAGAUGGCUCUAUCACUGACGACGGAGAAGAUCAUAGUCGAGCGCUGACACGUAAAUUAGGAUCGAAGUUUCUGCGUCGAAUAUCCAGCCGCAUAGCAAAAUCAAAUGAAUUGUUCAGUCAUUUCGAUCGUAUGGCAGAAAAUAGAAAACGUCGAGGAGCGUAUUCGGACAAUGAAGGAGAAAGACGUGUUACUAAACGCUCACGAUACGACGAUGAUGAAGAUUGGACUGAAGAAGGUAAUCUCCACGGAUCAACAGGUCAUGUUGGUCGUGCUGGCAAAGUGUUGAACUAUCCCUAUCCGUACGUCCCUCAAGAGGAAGAGCACCGUAUCCUGCUGCAGUCCAAUGGGUCAGCUUCAGCCUAUGCACAGAGCCUUGCUAAGCUCCUGUUUGCCGAUACUCUCGACCUCUACUUCAAGGAUCAAGAUCAGUCCAAGCGGCAAUGGAUCCAUGAAGCAGUGGACUUCCGAUUCCCUUCUCAUGAUAGAAACGCGCAACUGCUGAAGUGGAAGAACUGUUCACAAGCAAUAAAUAAGAAUAUGCGCAAAUCUGAGCGACCUUUAGCGCCAGAGAACGACAAAGCGAAGCGAAAACAAGUCGAGUGCACUUAUGUAAACGCCGACUAUGAGGCAGAAUGUUAUCGUAAAGCGGGCAAAGAUCCAACUAAGUAUGCGGAGUUACUGUCACUCAAAUUAUUCGAAGGAUCUUGGGACAAGUAUUUCAAAGAGCAAGAUCCUAAAAUGAAGGACUGGCUACGAGAAUGCGUAGAUCGCAGGUAUUAUAUAAAUGACAAAUCCAAAAGAGAUGCGCGAUGGAAGGUUUGCGCAGCUGCCUGCAACCGAAACAGAACGAAAAUUGUGGGAAAAGAUGGGAAAGAAGAGGAGUAUCCAUAUGUGUCGAAAGAAGCCGAAGAAAACUGCUUUCAAGAGGCUAAUGGUGUGCCAUAUGUCUACGCAGAAGCGAUGGCUAAGCUGUUGUUCCCGGAUACCCCUCAUCUAUUUUUCAAAGACCAAGAUCUUGGCAAGCGCAACUGGUUACACGACGUCCUCGACCGCCGAUUUCCAACCCCUGAUAAGUUGCACCAGGUGUCUAAGUGGAAGUCGUGCACUACUGCGAUCAACAGAAAUAAAACCGACAAGCCUCCAGCAGCGCCAGCAACAGCAGCCAAUCCGAAGCAGACCAGUCAAGCGGCAGUCACUGAAACAAAAUCCACAAAAAAAGGUCAAAGCAACAGUGCAAAGUCCGCUGAGAAGAAGGAACAGCCGAAGGAGAAAGAUGCGAAGAAAAGGAAAGAACAUGAGAAAGAUAAACAAGAGAAGCACGAAGAGCAAAGCACUAGCAAGGCGCACACUAGUCGUAAACCCACGGAUAAGGGGAAGGAGGAAUCAUCUAAAUCCCAUGCCAAGGAGGAUAACAAAGGUCAUGCCAAAGAAGAUAAAGGUCACGCCAAAGAGGAUCCACCAAAAAGAGAGCGCGAAAGCAGUCGCAUCAGCUCUCGCGCUAAAAUCAGGCCCGAACCCUACACUUCAUAUCCUUUUGUGACGGAAGAAGAAGAAAUCCAAAUUUACGAAGCCAGUAAGCGAGAUGUGGAAGCUUAUGCGAAAAAUCUCGCUCGUAUAUUGUUCAAAGACAGUAUUAAGUUGUUGUUCAAGGACCAAGAUGAAGAUCGUCGCAGUUGGCUCCAAGGAAUUGUCGACUUCCGUUUCCCUACCUAUGCCGUUAUCGAAACGAGGUCAAAAUGGGCGCAUGCUAUAAAGGCUAUAAAUAAAAAUGCUACCGGUCAUUAAUUGGCAUAUGAUUUUCAAUAUAUAUACUAGCUAAGAAGCAUUUUGCUGUUUGUAGAACGUCUAGAGUUUUGACUUUGGCGCAAAUGAUACGCUUUAGGAUUUACAUGCCAUCAUUCAUUUUCUCUAAAUUCUAAUUUUGUUCUUAGUAUUUUGAUUUUGUGCAGGUAUGCAUUGUCAGAGCUUGCUUUUUUGUACAAUUUCUUCCAUAUCGGUUUAUCGACAGUUAGAGAAACAUCAUGUUGUGCGAGCUCAAAACUCUUGACAAUAUGUGAUGACAAACAACAGUGAUGGCAUGUUUUACUCUAAACCUGAUAUCUGCAUUCGGAGAAGAAACCACUUAGAAAUGUCAUAAAGUUUUUGCAUACACUGUCUCUUCGCUUCUUUUUUUUUCACAACAUCACACAAUUGGUAGAAACUUCAUGCUUGUUGUUUGACCCUUUUCUUCAUCCAAUCUCAUGCGCAUGAUAUCAUUUGUGCUUUUUUUUGAAGCUUUAAUAAUGCAGAACGAUUAUGACUCCAGUCACUCUGGGUUGUGUAUGUAUUUUGCGUGAUUUCAAUAUGUCUCUCAAUAUUCUGUUCCUGUGUCACUUUUUAAGAAAUUGAUCUUGAAGGGAAUUUUAUUCUAGCGUUAGAUGCCAGUUUGUAGAACUAGCCUUCAUACAUAGUUUAUCUCUUAUGCUAGCAUUCUGCUGAGGUUGUCACUGUAUCUUAUCUCCCGCGUGAUCGAACGUGUUGCGUCUGUUUUAUUUACGCUGUGUUCCUUGUGCAUAUACUUCCAUAGUAAGUUUACGGAGUAGAACCGCAAUAUAAGUUGUCUGUUGUUAUGAUUGGCUAUGUGGUUAUGGCUUUGGCUGAUUAUUGUAGUAUAAUAAUAAAUAGUUCCAACUCA